AUGCUAGUCAAGUUCGCUUUUCCCUUGCAGACGGAUUAUCCGGACGUCGACAUGUUGAGGAUCAAGGAGUCAAAUCAUUUUGCAACAGAAUGCGUGGUACCGCGGCGUCCUAAGCGAAACUUACCACCCUUACCUGAAGAUAAGGAGUGCAGUACAGCUGAAUUGAGGAGGAGCAAUCGGCUCGUGCAUAAGCGACGCAGACAGAGGCAUAACCUACCUGUUGUCCCGGAAUAUGAUGAGUGUUGA